AUGACCACCUCCCAACCCAGCAUCCAGCUCCCCCUAGACCUAGAUCUCAACCCCAGUCUCGUCCUCCACAAGACCCAACACGACGACGGACGCCCUCCCGCCUCCACCGCACCGACCAAGAAGCGCAGACCCAGCCCGGCCAGCCGCGCGUCCGGCCGCACAACAGCGACGAGCUCCAGUCUUAUUCGUGCCCGCGACGACACCGGGCGACGAAUGGGGCGUCGUGUACCUGGGCGGCUGCAUGCUCGCAUUAGUCGUGAGCGGCCUCCCUUGAUUAGUGAUCGUCCUUGCACACUGUGGGACGGCGUCGAGAUACGGGACCGGUGCGGUGGUGCCGCUGGUGCCGCUGGGACUUGUGUGUUUGGGUUCCCUGCUGCUGGUGCUUUUACGCGUUCGCGAGGUCUUUGA